CAGUUCCAUGAUGUUACAAGAAAACCAGUACAGGCCUUUGUUCCCCAAGGCCAGCGAGGUCACGUGUCACAGUUCAGCGGUCGCGGAUCAUUCCAAUCCACAAAUAAAUUUAAUGGCCCUUGGAAAAACUCCAGUUAAAGUUGAGGCUCUUGAAGAAUUUAUAAAGAGAUAUCCUAACAAAGCUGAUGCAAAACUUUUAGUAGAUGGGUUUAAAUUUGGGUUCAAGCUUCAGUAUUCAGGUCCUAGAGAUUUUUCUGAUGCGAAGAAUCUGAAGUCUGCAUAUUCAAAUAAAUUAGCUUUGCAAGAAAAAAUAGAUAAGGAAGUUAAGUUAGGACGCAUUUCUGGCCCACAUCCUAAUCCCCCUUUUUGUAAUCUGAGAAUUUCCCCGAUAGGUGUAGUUCCUAAGGCUGAUGGCAGCUGGAGGUUAAUAACUCACCUGUCUUAUCCAUCAGGUCGCAGUAUUAAUGACAGAAUCAAUUAUGACCUCUGCUCAGUAAACUAUACAUCGUUUGACACAGUGGCUGAUAUGAUUUUUAAACAGGGCAGGUCUGCACUUUUAGCUAAGCGUGAUAUAAAAUCUGCAUUUCGUUUAUUGCCAGUGAAUCCCACUGACUUUCACCUUCUUGGAAUGAAAGUUGACAACACGUAUUAUUUCGAUAAAUGUUUACCCAUGGGUCUGAGUCUAUCCUACGCAUUAUGGGAAAAAGUGUCAACUUUCCUGCAUUGGUUAGUAAUUGAGGUUACGGGUUUGGAAACAUUAGAUCAUUACUUGGAUGGUUUUAUUUUUGUGGGAAAGUCUGGUUCUGACAAUUGUCUUACAUUGGUCAAAGCAUUUGAGGACAUAUGUUUACAAUUAGGUAUCCCUAUAGCAGAGGAAAAGUCUGUAGGGCCCGUUACGGUUUUGACUUUCCUUGGAUUUGAGCUUGAUUCGAACCAAAUGACAAUUCGGAUUCCGUUUAGUAAGAUACAAGAGCUUCUUGACUUAAUCCGGAAUUUCCUGUGCAGAUCAAAAGUAACACGUAAGCAGUUGCAAUCUUUGACAUGGAAAUUGUGCUUCUUUAGCAAAGCUAUACGCGGAAGUAGGGCAUUCUUGCGUCGCUUCUAUGAGGCCAUGUCUGGGCUAGAUAAACCCCAUCAUCAUCGUCGGGUCACGACGGACAUGAAAAAUGACUUACGUGUUUGGGUUUCAUUUUUGAAUAACUGCAAUGGGGUCGUCCACAUUCCUGCUAAUGUUUGGCAUGAUAGCAAUGUUUUAAAUCUGCACACUGACAGUGCAGGUGCUGCAGAUUGUGGUGGUGCUUGCUAUCUUGAUGGGUGUUGGGCGUUUUUUCCAUGGCCUUUUUCGUGGUCAAAGUCAUAAAUACUUAAAGAUAUGACUUUUCUAGAAAUGGUACCUGUAGUUUUAGCAAAAGCAUUGUGGGGUUCUAGAAUCGCGAAUAAAAAGGUAUUAAUGUGGAUUGACAAUGAAGCAUUAGUGAAAGUUUUAAAUAAGCAGUCUUGCAGAUUAAAAGCGGUCAUGCAUCUGGUGCGUUAUUUUGUGUUAAAAUCAAUGUCAUUUAAUAUUGUGUUCAAAGCUAAACACAUUGCAUCGAAAGCUAAUGGCAUUUGUGAUUCUCUUUCUCGGAAACAGUGGUCAAGAUUCAGAGAGUUGGCGCCAAAAGCAAACAACGACCCGGAAGUUAUUCCCCAAGAUUUUCUUUCGCUGAUAUCCACGGCGAAGCUUCAAGACUUCUAAAUGCUUCCAUAUCGGGGAAUACUUCGUCAACGUACCGUCUGGGUUUGAACCGCUUUAGGCAGUUCAGUUUAGAGUACGGGUUAAACAGUGACUGGCCACCCCAGCUUGAGCACAUUAUGCUGUUUAUAGCAAGUUUAUCCUUACAUGGUUUAUCGGCUUCUACAGCUAGAAUUUAUGUUGCAUCGAUAGGAUUUCAAUGUAAAAUAUUGGGAUAUGAGGACGUUACUAAGCAAUUCGUAAUAUCUAAAAUGUUAGAGGGAAUCAAAAGGUCAAAAACGAGAUCAGAUUGUAGACUGCCAAUUACGCCCAGUCUGCUAUCCAACAUCUUGUUAAAACUUCCAGCCGUAUGUACGAACGUAUAUGAAACAAUUCUUUUUUCAGCGGCAUAUUCGCUGGCAUUUUUUGGUUUUUUGAGAGUUGGUGAAUUAACAGCAUCGAAGCGUCAAAAUUUAAGUAGCACGUUAUGCGUUAAUGAUAUCAAUUUGAUACAGGAAAGUAAAACUUUGAUAGUUUCUCUCAGAUUUUCGAAAACUGAUCAGGAAGGGAAGGGCGAAAGAUUGCAAAUUUCUGCUCAAGGUGGUCACAUAUGCCCAGUUAAAAAUGUUAAAGAAUUCUUGUCUAUGAGGCCGAAAAUGCAGGGUCCAUUUUUUGUACAUUUUGAUGGUAGCCCGCUUACAAGGUACCAAUUUUCGGCGGUUCUUUCAAAAGCACUAGCAGUUCAAAGUCUAUCUCAUAUGUGUUUUAAGUCCCAUUCCUUUAGAAUAGGAGCGGCUACUACCGCGGCAAGUCUAGGGAUGACCGACAAAGAAAUAAAAUUAGCGGGAAGAUGGUCGUCUGAUGCAUACAAAGGUUAUGUACGUAGUCCAACCAGGAUGAUUCCUAAACUAAUCCGGUAGUUACGUUGCAUUGUACAUGUCUAAAUCCGCUGUCACGAUAAUUUUCAGUAACUUAGACUGCGAAUCGUUUCAUUCAGUAAUAUGUAAUUUAUAUUCAACCUUCAGGUCCCGGGAAA